GUAGGCGUAGCCCGCUCCCCGCUCACACCGAAAUUUGAAAUCAUCCUCCCAGUCUCCUCCUUCCACCACCGCUAGCGAACGAAGCAGCGCCGCCGCGUCAUGGAGAAGAUCUCCGUCGCCGUCCGCUUCCGCCCUCUCAACCCGGCGGCCGCUGACCUCUCUCCAUCCGGCGCCGGUGGAGGCGGCGACCGCGAGUGGCGUAUCGACGACACCCGCGUCUCCCUCCUCCACCGCGCCGCCGGCCCCGUCCCCGGCGCCUCCUUCGCCUUCGACCACGUGUUCGACGGUGCCGCGACCAACGAGCGGAUCUACGGCGCGCUCGUCCGGGAACUCAUCGGCGCCGUCGUCGGCGGGUUCAACGGCACCGCCUUCGCCUACGGCCAGACCAGCAGCGGGAAGACGUUCACCAUGAACGGCUCCGACGCCGACCCCGGCAUCAUUCCCCGCGCGGUCCGCGAUGUCUUCGACACCGUGCGUCAGGCCGACGACCGUGAGUUCCUCAUCCGGGUGUCCUACAUGGAGAUCUACAACGAGGAGAUCAACGACCUCUUGACGAUUGAGGGCCAGAAGCUGCAGAUUCAUGAGAGCUUAGAGCGUGGAGUGUAUGUGGCCGGUUUGCGGGAGGAGAUCGUGAACAGUGCAGAGCAAGUGCUUGAGCUCCUCCAGCUUGGAGAAGCGAAUAGGCAUUUUGGAGAGACCAACAUGAAUGUGCGGAGCAGUCGGUCACACACUAUUUUCAGAAUGGUAAUUGAAAGCAGCGGUAAGGACCAGAUAAACUGUGGGGAUGCUAUCCGCGUAUCUGUUUUGAAUUUGGUGGACCUUGCUGGGUCAGAAAGAAUCAUCAAGACAGGGGCAGAAGGGGUACGCUUGAAUGAGGGGAAGUAUAUUAACAAGAGCCUGAUGAUUCUUGGAAAUGUCAUUAAUAAGUUGAGUGACAACGGAAAACAAAGAGGGCACAUUCCCUAUCGUGAUAGUAAGUUGACACGCAUUCUCCAACCUGCGCUUGGAGGCAAUGCAAAGACAUCUAUCAUCUGCACUGCUGCACCUGAAGAGAUUCACAUUGAGGAAACUAGAGGAACUCUUCAAUUCGCAAGUAGAGCAAAAUGUGUCAGCAAUUGUGCCCAAGUAAAUGAGAUUCUAACAGAUGCUGCUUUGCUGAAGAGGCAAAAGCUAGAGAUAGAGGAACUUCGUAAAAAACUGCAGGGCUCCCAUUCUGAAGGGUUGGAGCAGGUUGUGCUAAAACUACGGAAUGACAUGCACAAGUCUGAACUUGAGCGUGAUCGACUGGCCAUGGAACUUGAAGAGGAAAAAAAGUUACGGGUGACUCUAGAACAACAUUUGACUGAGCAACAGAAGAAGCUAGAGGCCACAUCGUCAGACCACUUUACUGAUUCAGUCCAGUUGGAUGCACUGAAAACUCCAGAUUCGAAGUCUGUACCAGAUGGCUUUGUUGUCUGCCGCUCACGUUAUUCAAAUGAUGUUGAGUUCAGCCCAUUACCUGAAAAUUUGGAUAAUUUCGCUCAUGAAGAUCUAUGGACACGCCUCAACAAAGGUUGUGUUACUGAUCUUGACAUGCUUGAGAUGACACCUGGUCUGAAACGCGAGGCAUCCUUUAUACAAGAUACAUCAGCUGUGCCAUUGGAGGAACCUACUGACGCUAGAUGCCAGAGGUUAGAAAAGGAGUGCAUUUCUGAUCGGCAACAGUUUGAGGAAUCAAAGGCAAGAUGCACCAAUCUCGAGAAAGAGUGCGACAUGCUGAGGGACGAGAACUUGUCCCUGCAACAGAAGCUCUCCGCCGCCAGGCAGGAGGCCCACCGCCUCGCCACUGAGAAGCAGGAGCUGGCCGGGGAGCUGGGCACAGAGAGGCAGAAGUUGGAUGAGCUGAAGCAGGAUAUCCGGAUGAUCAGCCGUGGCUUCUUGCAGCGGGAAGGGCAGCUCACGUCGCUCUACACCAAGUCCAAGGCCAUCCUGGAGAACUGCAAGACCUCCCAGGUAGCUACUCUGCCUUGACGGUUUUGAGUGAGACCGCGUGCACAGCUUGGUGCUGGAUAAAGAUAAAAUCUCUGUGCUUCUGCAAUCCUUCUUGCUUGCAGAUCAUGAUCAUGAGUUUGUGUGUUGGUUAUAGAUGUGCUGGGUCUCUGUUGUGUGAAAAAGUUCAGCAGAAUAUGGGCAGGCUGCGUUUGCCAUUAGUUUUCUGUGAGCUUCAAAUAUUGUAUGACCUGUGAUUCUGUGAACGUGCCAUGUAAUAUCAUAAAUGAGUAUCAGAUUGCCAUCAGCUUAAAACUCAUAGCAUUACCUGUAUCUACUAUAUGGUUUGGAAGAAACGGCUUGCA